AUGUUCCAGGAAACCCUGUCAGGGGAGGUUUUAAGUUGGUUCUACGAACUGCCGGUCGGUUCUGUAGGGAAUUUUAAGGAGUUGGCUGACAAAUUUGUCGCUCGAUUCAUCUUACGCACUGAUGGGAUACACACACCGAAGGGCCUACUGAAGGUCCAGCAGGGAGAAGAUGAAACCCUGAAGUCUUUUGUAAAUCGAUGGCAAGCGGCUACCGCUAAGUGUCGGGACCUCAAUAAGGAACUGGCUGAGCUGGCGUUCAGGAGGGGCCUAAGGCGAGGAGAAUUUCUGUAUGGGAUCAACCAUAAUCCUCCAGCUAGCUACGACGAACUGAUGGCCACUACCAUCAGACACGCUCAGGCCGAAUUCGAAACAUACGGGGACACCCCCAGACCAGAGCUAAGAUUUUCCACACCGACUUCGACGAUUAGGGAUGAGCCACAAAAAAGGGAGUGGGUCCACAGUCAUGAUAGGUCACCCCAUACCUCGAACAAAAGAAGCAAAGAAUCCUCGUCCAGGUCGAACAGUUACGGGAACACCCACCCUAACCGGGAGCCAAGGGCACAGCAGGGCCCAAGGACACCACCACCACCUCGGGAUGAGAUACCGGGACCACCCCCAAGGAAGUUCCCAAAGAGCAAACUUACCCAGCAGGAUACCGGAAAAUUCUGCACCUACCACGAGGAUGCCGGACACAAUACCAAUCUGUGUGUUGCUUUAAAAAAUACCAUCGAGUCCCUCAUCCAGAGGGGCAAGCUUCAACGAUACCUACCUGCUAAAGAGAUAGGAGCGGUCGACGUGUACGGCCAGAUAUUCACGAUCCACGGUGGGGGUCCGAAAGAGUCGCCCGCCCAGGGGAAGAAACGAAAUUCUAGUUUCGGCCGUCCGGAAGUUUUCAACUUCCACAAAGCCCCGCAGCAAAACAGUGGCACCAAGUGGACAUCGGUGACAUUCCUGCAGGAGGAGGAAGCCGAUCUGAGGAUGCCCCAUGAUGAUCCCUUCCUAAUCACACUCCAAAUGGACCACUACAUAAUGUCCAGGGUGCUCGUAGACACUGGGCCUCGGUUAGCGUAUUAUUUCGUGAUGCAUACAAAGCUUUGA